AUGUCAACAAGGAAAGCUCCCGAUGAACGGGCCGGUCAGUUCGGCAAUGCUUCAAAUGAACAAGCAACUGACAAUGGUCGAACAUUGCAAUGGACUAACGGCUUAGGAUCAUCAAACGCCUUCAUCACGCUGGUCAGUAGUCCGACAGCGAAUUCAACAAGUGGAACAGAAUCAGGAACUGUUUCAACAAAUGUCUGGCAUAGUAAUGAUGCCGGUGAUGUGAAUUUUACUGAUCAAAGUAAUACGCAACAAUUGCUUGCUUCCACCGAAAAGGUUCAACGUAAUUAUGGCAAUGCUGACGACAGUACAGCUAAUGCUCAUAGUGAACAUGCUACAGUUACAGCAAUGUCAUUUAGCGACCACAUUUACUCACCUUCGAAUUUAAUUACUACGACAUCUGAAUCAUCUGUUAAGCCAGAAUUAGAUGUUGUGGUAGUAGGUGCAAGUGCGAAGUCACCGUCAGCGAUAGAAGAUCGAACGACAAAAACGAGAAUAAUAUGGACAGAUGACCUGCGUGAAAUUUUAAUACAGGAAAUGAAGAAACGACCCUGUUUAUGGGAUCACAACCAUCCAAAAUAUAGAGAUCUGCAGUAUGCGGCAAGUGAAAGGAACGAAGUCAUUGAAUCUUUCUAUCAUCGGACGGGAUACGCAUUGAAUGCGGAUGAUAUUGCGAGACAGUGGAAGUCUUUGAGAGAUCAAUAUGUACGUUUCAUCAACAAAAUCAGAAAUAUGGAACCAAAUGAUUGUCGAUUUCCGUCAUUCAAAUUUUCCGAAGAGCUAAAGUUUCUAAUGCCUUAUAAACAGUUGCCUCAGUCUCGAUAUUGCAUUAUGAUAAACGAAGAAAAUGGCCUGCAAAACCUGAAUGAAAGUAUUCCAUCAAAGGAAUCGUGCUCUGAGUUUUCAGUGCCUGGCACUUCUGCCACAAGUUUACUGCCAAUUCGCCGUAAAAGAAAACAUGGCAGGUCGUCGGAUUACAAAACUCAGAAAGAUGUUGACUUAAAAACACAUGAUAGAGAAGACGGUUGUUUCUCUAGGAUGGAUGAAUUUGAUCAUUUUGGCCUGUCAAUUGCCGAUUAUAUUCGAGGAAUUGCAAAGCUUGAUGAAAAAGCAGCGGUGUGGAUAAGAGGCGAAAUUUGGACAUUGUUGACGAAGUGUCGGAUGAAAGCACUGGAGGGAUGUGGCGGAAAUGGCACCAGUUAA